CCCCCACAGUACCUCGUGCGGAGAGGGCUUCCGCCGGACGACGCUGCUCGCCUCGUUGCCUACCGAGACAAAGUGGCAAGGCUGACGUCGCGGAUUUUGGUGCCGAGCUAUGUGACUUUCGCCGAUGAACGCGGUACUGGCGGGGCCAGCACCUCAAGCAGCAACGGCAGCAGCAGCGAUACCAGCAGCAGUAGCCCCUUCGUCCGCAGCCGUUACGCUCGCAGCAGAGUGCCUCAUAGCAGAUGGGGACGAUGAGGUGCCCCUCAAACAAAGCACGCAGCAGGCGGAAAGCACGCAGGCGGACGAAGUGCAGUUAGAUGUGCAUCUGGAGGCCGCCGCAAAUGAACCGGGCAAGGGGAAGAAGCUGAAGGCUCUUGCCAAGCAGGGCGUUGCAGUUGCACGAGUAGUUCUUGAGCGAGUGGGGCCAGCACUUCCGUUUGGAGGCGCCGAGGCAGCCAACCUGAUUCUUCAGGUGCUUGACGCAGUGGAGGCCGCGGUGGCCAACGCCGCCAACCUACGCCAGCUGGCGGAGCGGGCGCUGACGGUGAUGGAUGUGCUGCAGGCGUAUGCGGAGCAGCUGCGCGGGCUGCAGCGCCGCCGCCGCCAGGACGGCGACCGGGGGGACGGCUGCCGCAAGAUUGUCAGCCGCUUCCAGGACCAUUUGCGGGGCAUCCUGGGCUAUGCCCGAGAGUACGCCAGCCGUAACUGCCUGGUCCGGCUGUUUACCUCGGCGGGAGACGCGGAGCGGUUCCAGGAGUAUGUGGAGGAGCUGAGGCGGCUGGGCGAGGAUCUGCGACUGUUGCUGGCAGUGGACAGCAAUGCGCGGCUGCACGCGGUGCAGGCGAGCAUGGCGGCAUCACUGGCGGUGCUGAGCGAGCAGCGCGUGGCUUAUCAGGACCCGGCGGCGGAGGCUCGCGCGCUGGUGACACAGCUGGGCGGCAUGGACGCGGUACUGGCCGACGCCGGCAAGCUGGGUGCGGUGAUGCAGAAGAUGGACGUCAGCGCGCGCAUCACCAUCGACGUGGUGUCCUCGCUGCUGCGCUCGCACCUGGACCGCGGGCCGCAGCGCCACAUCCAGCAGCCCGAGCUGCGCCUCUUCUGGGCGCACCACUUUGGCGACCUGCCCGAGGUGCCCUGGUUCGUGUUCUGGGACUGCUUCCCCAGCCUGCUGGCGCAGCUGCCGGGGUCGCCCUUUGACGCCGGCGCCGUGGCGGAGCUGGGCCGGCUGCUGGGCGACCAGGCGGCGCAGGCGGCGUUCCAGCGGGCGGUAGAGCGGAGAAAGGCCGACACGGUCAGCGUGUGGGAACUGCGGCUGUCAUUCCGCGCCGACGACGCGCUGGUGCCGCAGAUUGCCGAGCUCCUUGGCAGCCGCAGCAGUGGGCAGAGCGGCAAGGGUGACUUGAGCGGCGGUGAUGCGGAUACCAGUGCUAGUAGGGAUGGGGGUGGUGCAGCCCUGCUGUCGGCGGCGUUAGCAGGUGGCCGGGCUUGGGAGCGCUGCCAGCUACCGCCGCUACCCCGUGCCUACCAGGGGCGAGAUGACGAGGCCGCUGAAAUAAUGACGUACCUCACCGGAACCGCCAGCACACACAGGGGCAGCGGGCGCAGCAGCAACGGCGGAUGCAGCACCUGCAGCAGCCAGGGCAGCGGCUCCUCUGUGCUGCUGCUUGCUGAGGGAGGCAUGGGCAAGUCGUGUCUGGCGGCGGACGUGGGCUGGCGGCUGCUGCGGGCCGGCAAGGCGCCUGGCGGCGUGCUGUGGGUGGACCUGCGGGAGGCAGACAGCCCAGAGGAGGUGGAGGCGCGGUUCUGUGCCGCGGUAGGGCUGCAGCGGGAGCCCGCGGCGGUGAGCAACUUGCCCCGGGUCGUGGCCGCGCUCCAGCGCAUGGCAGCUGACGGCUCGCAGCAGCAGCAGCAGCAGCAGCAGCAGCAGCAGCAGCAGCAGCAGCAGCAGCAGCAGGGGCAGCAGCAGCAGCAGCAGCAGCCAGCUACAGGUGCUGGUGUUGGGCCGGGGCCACCUACUGCUGACGGUGUGGGCUUGGCGGGGAGCGCAACUGCGCGCGCCGAGACUACUGCGGCUUCAGCCACGGGCUCGGAGGCAGCAGUAACGACUGCUGUUACUGCCCCCAUUGGCGCUGCCAUGCGGCUGCUGGUGGUGGUGGACAACGCCGAGGAUGCCCUUGUGCGGCAGGAGGCAGCGAGGGCGCUGCGCGGCGUGGUCGCGGGGGUCAUUGCCCAAGUCGCGUGCGCUCGCCUGCUGGUAACGUCGCGGAGCCAGCUACUGGAGCCUGGCAGCAGCAGUGGCGCUGGCGCCACUCAGCAGGGUGCCGACGCAGACGCAGACGCCUUGGCGGGCGUGGUCGUGCGCCCUGUUGGCGCCAUCAGCCCAGCGGCCGCUGCCGGGGUGGUGCGGGAGCUGGUGCAGGACGUGCCCGAGGUGCAGCUGACACAGGUGGCGGCGGUCUGUGAGUACGUGCCACUGGUGCUGCGCGUGGUCGCGGACGCGCUGAACUGCGGAAGACUGACUCUCACGGAGCUUGUGGAGAUGCAAACACGCCAAUCGACCGCACCUGCAGCAAGCGGCGAUGAUCACAACACAGCAGAAGCGCCAGCAGGAGCCGGGUCGCUCGCAGCAGCACGCGUUGCCGCGGGCGGUGGCGACGGGCGCUCUGCGGGCACUGCGGGGGCCCUGGUGGGCGUAGUGCUGGCGUCAUUAGGGGCCCAGCACCGGCGGGCGGCGGCGCAGCUCGCGGUCCUGCCCACCACCUUUGAUGAGGAGCUUGCAGCCGCGGUCCUGGGGCUGGAGGGCCCGGGCCAGGCGUACGGCCUGCUUGCAACACUAGUGCGCCACAGCGUGCUGCAGCGCGGUGUCGGCGGCGGGGAUGGCGCCGGCAGUGGUGGCGGCGGCGGGCAGGCGCGCUACAUCAUGCACAUGCUCGUGCGGCGCGAGGCGGCGCGGCUGGAGGAGGAGGCGCACGCUGCGGCUUCGGGCCGCUACGUGUGUCACGUGUUGUGCAAGCUGCGCGAGUGGGGUGACAUGUACGCGCAGGGCCGUGAGUGGCAGCUGGCGCUGGCGGCGGGGCGCGACCUGGCGGUGGACGUCAGCGCCGCGGCAGAGCUGCUGCCGGGCGCGCCCGACCCCGCAGCCGCGGCUGAGAUGCUGACGCCUGGCGUGGCUGGCCUGCUGGCGGCGCUGGGGGUGCUGGCACGCUUCCAGGCUCCGCUUCAGGCGCUGUGCGAGCGCCUAGCGCUCGAGCCAGCAGCAGCAGCAGCGGCAGCGGCAGGAAACGCUGGCAGCGAUGCCGGCACAUCCUCGGGCGAAGCCGCAGCUGCAAGGGCCACAGCGGCGGUGCUGUUUGUGCUGAGCUGUGCCCGGCUUGCGGGAGGCGGCCACGGCCCGGCCGAGGAAUCAGCGCGCGGGGCAGUAGGGCUGCAGCAGUCGGCACUGGGCCCAGAGCAUCCGCACACCCUUGCAAGCCGGGACCAGCUCGCGGCGUGCCUGCAGGCCCAGGGUCUGUUUGCGGCGGCAGAAAGCGCCUUCCGGCAGGCGCUUGAGCUGCGGCGGCGGGUGCUGGGCGCGGCGCACCCCGACUCGCUCGCCUCCAUGGGCCACCUGGCGGCCUGCCUCCGCGCACUGGGACGGCACGACGAGGCGGAGCCCGUGUUCCGCCGCACGCUGGAGCUGCAGCGGGCCGUGCUCGGCCCCGAGCACCCCCACACGCUGGCUUCCAUCAGCAGCCUUGCAGGGUUCCUGCGGAGCCGCCGUCAGUUCGCGGAGGCGGAGCCGCUCUACCGCCAAGCGCUGGCGCUGCGGGAGCGCGUGCUGGGCUCUGACCACCGGGACACCGUGGGCUCAGUCAACGCGCUGGCCAACUGCCUGCGCUCCCUGGGCCGCCACGAGGACGCGGAGCCGCGCUACCGCGCGGUGCGGGCGUGGCGCGAGCAGUGGCUCGGCGCAGAGCACCCCGACACCCUCACCGUCCUCAACAACCUCGCCAGCUGCUUGCAGAAGCUCCGCCGCUAUCAGGAGGCGGAGGACCUGUUUCGGAAGGUGCUGGAGGCGCGGAAGCGCGUGCUGAAGCCGAAGGCCCCGCAGGCCAUGCACCCGCACACCGUCUUCUCGCUCAGCAACCUUGCCUGCUGCAUUCGUGACGCCGGCCGGCCCGGAGAGGCAGAGCCGCUCCUGCGUGAGGCACUGGCGCUCCGUUCGGCAUGUCAGGAUGUGGGCCCCUGGCACGCCGACACGGCCACCUCCGUGGCGCUGGUCGCGGCCUGCCUGCGGGACCUGGGGAGGGAGGCUGAAGCGGAGGAGGUGGAGCUGCAGGCGGCGUCCUUAACCAAGCAGGGUUGACCACGCGGUGAGCCGUGGGCCGUGGGCGCCAACAGGCACGGCGGCUGGUCAGCCGGUUCCGUAGUUGUUCAUUGGUUCUUGUUUGCAGUGUAAGUUGUGGUCGAUGGGACGUCCGCGGCAGUCGGGCCACCAACGUGGUCGACCUUCACAUGUGGUGAAGCGGGGCCAACGAGUACCGUGUGUAUUCGUCGGGUGGGUAUCUUGAUUGGCCAGUGCUUGACACUGACGUGUAAGCUAUGACAGUGUUUGGGCUGCUCCUGACUUGAAGUAAAGCUUCUGGGGUUGAAACCCUUGCCUAGAUCUAGUAUGCGGGGUGGCGCGGGAAGCCAUGAAGGGACUGCGAGCGUUAGGGAGUCAGAGGAGACCUGUUUGGCGGGACGAAAGCCCCUAUCCGCCCGCAAGCCCCCCCCCCCCCACCCCGCAUGGGGAGCGCGGUACGGCAGUGGUCGGAAAGCCGGACUUUUACUCUGACUGCGUGUGGUGAGGCGGGCGUAGCUGGAUACGCGUCGCGCUGUCCAGGGGCGUCUGGAAGGCUGGCGGGCACAUUGGGCGCAUCGGGGCGCAAGGGGCUUGGACUGUUGGAGGGUCCAGCGGGAUGGACCUUGGAAUGGACAGGCGCACUUCACCUUUGAUUCUAUGAAUGCUUCAUUCCGCAGUGCGUGCCUGCCCAGUUGCGCACGCCAAGCUUGUGGCGUUCAAACUCCUUUAGCAAGCACGACCGACC